GACAAGCUCUAUUAGUGUUUACAUAUCGGCCUGCCCCUUCAUAUACGGGAAGAUUUUUUGUAACACUCUCAAGCAUGGAGCUCGUCGGCACGCUUCUGUGUGUGCUUGUCGUGGUUCUGCUGUUCUUCUUCCUCAGGGUAGAUUCGGCUCGUUACGCCAAGAUGCCACCUGGACCGACCCCGCUGCCACUGAUCGGUAACUUGCUGCAGGUGAACAGAAAAACACCUCAUGACAGUUUUUUGAAGAUGAGCGAGAAGUAUGGACCUGUGAUGACUGUGCACCUGGGCCGUCAGCGUGCAGUGGUUCUGCUCGGGUUCGACGCAGUGCAAGAAGCGCUGGUGCAGCAGGCAGACGUGUUUGCUGGGAGGCCUGUGAUACCAUUGUUGGAGAAAAUCACUGGACCUUAUGGCUUGAUCCUAAGCAAUGGAGAGCGCUGUAAACAACUCCGCCACUUCACAGUUUCCGCACUGCGUAAUUUUGGAAUGGGAAAGCGCAGCAUUGAGGAGUUGAUCCAAGAGGAAAUAAAAUACCUCCUUGAGGAAUUCAGAAAAACCAAAGGUUCCCUAUGUGAUCCCACCAUAAUUUUGGGUCGUGCUGUUUCCAAUGUUAUUUGUUCCAUUGUCUUUGGUCAACGAUUUGAUUAUGAGGAUAAACUGUUUGUCCAUCUGAUAACUCUCCUUAUCAAAAAUGUGCAGUUGGCCAGCACACCUUUUGCACAGUUGUAUGCUAUGUUUCCAGCUCUCAUUGAUUUAAUGCCUGGAUUUUACAAGCAAAUGCUAGAGAAUGAAAAAGGAAAUAGGGAUUUUUUUACAAAAAUUAUUGCGAAGCACAAUGAGACGUUGAUCAGUGACAGCCCACGGGAUUACAUAGACUGCUUUCUCAUCAAAAUGAAGCAGGAAUGUGGAGACCCUGCCACAGAAUUUCACCUUGAAAAUUUAAUCAGCACGGUUUCAAAUCUCUUUACUGCGGGUACAGAAUCCACAGGCACCACACUGCGAUAUGGACUGCUGAUACUCAUGAAAUACCGCAACAUUCAGGAAAAGGUCCAGAAAGAGAUUGACACUGUGAUUGGACAAGACCGUCUCCCCACUAUGGAUGACCGAAGGAAAAUGCCUUACACUGAUGCUGUACUCCAUGAAAUCCAGAGAUUUGUUGACAUUGUCCCUUUAAAUGUUGGACAUGAAACAACAAAGGACACGAUCUUCAGGGGAUACACCAUCCCUGCAGGUACAAUGGUGAUGCCUGUGCUUCACUCAGUGCUGUAUGACAAAACCAAGUGGGAAACUCCUGACUCCUUCAAUCCUGGUCACUUCUUAGAUGAAAAUGGUUGCUUCAAGCUGAAUCCAGCUUUCAUGCCUUUUUCCACAGGAAAGAGAAUCUGUUUAGGUGAGGGUCUGGCCAAGAUGAAGAUCUUCUUGUUCUUCUGUUCUCUCCUGCAGAAUUUCUCUUUCUGCACCAAAGAGGACCCUGCUGAUAUUAGCUUGUUGCCAAUUUCCUCCACAUUCAUUAAGAGUCCCCAUCCAUACAAGCUAAUGGCCACCCCAAGAUAACUGUGCAGUCAGCAGCUGAAAUUCCAAAGACUUCAAAUCCAUCCAUCCAUCCAUCCAUUUUCCACCACUUAUCCAAAGCUAGGUCACGGGGCACCAGUCUUAGCAAUGAAGCCCAUACAUCAGUUUCCCGAGCCGCACUUGCUAACUCAUACUAUGGGAUUCCAAGGCGUUCCCAAGCCAUCAGGAAGAUAUAAUCAUCCCAGUGAGCCCUGAGUCUUCCCCAGGGUCUCUUUCCAGCUAGUUGUGCUCAUAAAACCUCUAUGGGGAGGCGUCUGGUAGUCAUCCCUCUCCUGGAUGUCUGCAUUUCUUACCCUAACUCCAAGGGAGAGCCCAGCCAGCUUAUGGAGAAAGCAUAUUUCAGCAGCAUCCACCUGCAAUCUCAUUCUUUUGGUCAUUAUCCAAAGCUCAUGACCAUAUGUGAUGGUAAGGACGUAGAACGACUGGUAAAUCUAUAGCUUUGCCUUCUGACUUCACCAGUACAGAUUGGUAUUGUGAUUGCAUAACUGCAAUCACUGCCCAAUCAGUCUGUCAAUUUCACCAUUCCUUUUUCCUUAUCCAUGAACAAUACUCUGAGGCACAUAAACUCUUUCCCUUGAGGAGGUAACUCACCUCACACUUGGAGAGUAUAGUCCACCUUUUUCUUACUGAGGACCAUUGCCCCAGAUUUGGAGAUGCCCUUAUCCCUGCUGCUUUACACUCAGUCAAAAGCCGUGGCAAUGCGUGCAGCAGCUCACAGCUCGAUGACAAUAACAAGGCCACGUCAUCUGAAAAAAGCAGUGUUACGAUUAUAAGGCAAGCGAACUAGACCCCCACACAUCCUCUGCUGCACCUUGAUAUCCUGUCCAUGAAAAUAAACAGAAUUGGAGACAAAGCACAGCCCUAAUGGAAUCCCACACCCCUGGAAAUGGUGCUGAUGGUUUAACUGAUUAUAUGGACACAACUCUCACUGUGAUUAUACAGAGAAUAAAUAGCCCUUAUUAGGAGCCCCAGAACCCCAUACUUUCUCAGCACAACCCCACAGAAUCCCUCAAGCAGCACAUUCAUAUGUCUUGUCUAAGUCCACAAAACACAUGUAGAGUGUUGGUUGCACUCCCGUGCACCCUCCAAAAUCCUCAUGAUUGUAAAGAGUUGAUCCACCAUUACACGGCCUAGACAGAAUCCACAUUGUUCCUCCUGGAUCUGAGGUUCCACGACUGGGCGGAGUCUCCUUUUUAGUACCAGGCAUAAGCUUUUCCAGGGAGGGUGAAGAGUAUGAUCUUCCGAUAAUUGGAGUGCACCUUCUUGUCCCCCUUUUUAAAAAUGGGGACCACCACUCUGGUUUGUGACUCCAAAAGCACAGCCUACGAUGACCAUACAAAACUGAAAAGGUGUGUCAGCCAUAACAGCCCAACAAUGUCCAGAGGCUUCAGCAUUUCUGGACAGAUGUCAUCCAUUUCCGUGGCUUUACCACUGUCUAGUUGCUUAACUACCCCAGUGACCUACCUGAAAUCAUUUGUAUUUUAAUUGUAAAGGACUGGGUGACUAAGGAGAAUGAACACAUUAAAAAUUAUUUCAAGCUUUGUCAUCUAGUUCCAGCCUCUCUAAGCCAUAUCUUUUGGGAAUGCACUAAAUAAACAUUACUUUGACAAAAUCUUAACACACUUCUUAGACAGCACUGGUGUCACAAUUGCUCCUUAAACUGCAAUAGUUGGUGUACUCCUGGAUUGCAUUAAAUUGUAUAGGGAGAAACCGAUUGCAAUAUCUUAUACCACACGACCAGCACACAGACAUAUUUUCUUCAACUGGAAGAAUCCCAACCUACCUUCUAUAAGUCAGUGGGUAAGCAAUGUUCUAUAUCAUCUCAAAUUAGUAACAACCAUAUUCUUUUUAAGGGGAAAUUACCAAAUUCUUUUUAAAACAUGGGAAUAAUGCAUUAGUACAAUUUUAGAAUAGGCAUUCCAGGCCCAUGAUUGACUCUUUUAUACUACUAAUUGUUCUACGAUAUAUAU